AUGGGCUUGCAGAUGGAUUUCAUCGAAGUUUACGAGUCUCUGCUAGAACUUUUCCCGCAGAUUGAUGCGCGAGCUCUUAAAGCCGUUGCUAUCGAGCACAACAAGGAUCCGAAUGCCGCUGUUGAGGCAGUUCUUGAGGAGAUAGUUCCUUUCUUUUUCGAAAGAUCAGCCCAAAGUAGCCCUUUGAAUCAGAGCAUAACUAUGAUUGAAUCCUCCGAAGCAGCUCACGGGAUUGAGGUGAAUAUGAGUGCUAAUGUGCACUCUCCUAGUGAACCUCUCGUUUUGAUAGAUUCGAAUGCCACAGAUACUCUUCAGGUUGAUAUAUCAGGAGGGCUCGAAACAGAGGAAAAAAACUCAAAAUAUAAUUUAUCAGAAAAUAGCCUCAAGAUUUCUUCUAGUGGAAUGCCUCAGGAUGCACGUGCUAUUUUGGGAGAAUUAGGCAAACAAAGUGAUGCUACUGUUAGACCUUCGGAAAGUGAUUUAGAGAAAUCUGAUGUGGAUAUGUCAAUUGAUACACUCGAGGAAAAAUCGACCUUGAGUGCGAUGACCGAAUCUAGUCAAGCUCAAGUAAUGGUGGUUGUUGAGGAGAUUAUAGAAGAAGCAAGAGAUAGUCAGAAAAUGCUGUUCACAGCAAUGGAGUCUAUUAUAAGCUUGAUGAGGCAAGUCGAGCUCAAAGAGCAAGCAGUUGAGCAAGCAAAAGGAGAAUCUUCAGUUGGUGGCAAGGACACAAUGGAAAAACAUGCUGGGGAAGUGUAUGGUGAAAAGGCCAUCUUAGGGACCGAGUUGAAAGAGCUUCAGUCCCGUGUGGUCUCAUUGUCGGACAAGAGGGACAAAUCUCUUGCAGUUCUUGAAGAGAUGCAAGAAUUUCUCGUGGACCGUGGACAUGUCGUCGAUAUGUUACAAGGAGAAAUAGCCGUGAUAUGUCAAGACGUGAGGGUUCUAAAGGAGAAAUUCGACGAGCAUAUUCCCUUGAGCAAAUCGCUUUUUUCGAGUCAGACCAGCUUCAUUUUAGCUUCUGCCGCCAGCUCAUCGUCACUGUCGAAAAGCCAGAGCGUGGAUCCAGUGGAGCUACUGCCCACGGUAAAAGACGAUAUGCUGAGGACUCAAGACGAACAGCUACCUGAAGUGAAAACCGACAGGGAGGCACUUGUAGAUGACGGUUGGGAUUUUUUCGAAGAGCGUGAAAUUAGUGCAUGAAUUUAAAUUUUGGGUUUUUGCUUUCAUUUGAGUUUUGUUAUUCAGAUUUUUCCUUUUUUUUUUAUCUGGCUGUUGGAAAAUUUUGCUGGCACUUGGUGGAGGGUAAUUUUUGCAGAAUUUGAAUUUUAUCUGUGUACAGUUUGAUUAUAUGACCUUUUUUCAAUUAUUCAAUUUUUUUUCAUAUGAGGAAGGCUGAUAAUUUGCAGAA